AGUGCCGCCAUUUUGGGGUGUUCUGCUCUGGCGGCAGCGGCAGCGGCAGCGGCGGCGGGACUCGGAGGCUCCCCCGGGACUCGGCCUCAGCAGCGAGGCGGCGGCGGCGGCUGCGGAGGCUCAGGCAGCAGCUGAGGCAGCGGCGGGCUCAGGUGCAGCCGCUGAGUGAAGACAUAGUCAAGAGAGGGAGGUGUAAAGCUACAGGAAGCUAAAGCUGUGUGUAUUUGUGGAUCAGACAAGUGCAGCAAGUUAAUAUCAUUGGCUUCUGAAGGGGAGAGUGAGGUGAUGGCUGCGUUUAAGUUGGAUUUCCUUCCAGAAAUGAUGGUGGAUCAUUGCUCUUUGAAUUCCAGUCCCGUCUCAAAGAAAAUGAACGGCACCCUGGACCACCCAGACCAACCGGAUCUUGAUGCUAUCAAGAUGUUUGUGGGCCAGGUUCCAAGGACCUGGUCUGAGAAGGACUUGAGGGAACUCUUUGAACAGUAUGGUGCUGUCUAUGAAAUCAACGUCCUAAGGGAUAGGAGCCAGAACCCUCCUCAGAGCAAAGGGUGCUGUUUUGUUACAUUUUACACCCGCAAAGCUGCAUUGGAAGCACAGAAUGCUCUUCACAACAUGAAAGUCCUCCCAGGGAUGCAUCAUCCUAUACAGAUGAAACCUGCCGACAGUGAGAAGAAUAAUGCAGUGGAAGACAGGAAGCUGUUUAUUGGUAUGAUUUCAAAGAAGUGCACUGAAAAUGACAUCCGAGUCAUGUUCUCUUCAUUUGGACAGAUUGAAGAAUGCCGGAUAUUGCGGGGGCCUGAUGGACUGAGCCGAGGUUGUGCAUUUGUGACUUUUACAACAAGAGCCAUGGCACAGACGGCCAUCAAGGCAAUGCACCAAGCACAGACUAUGGAGGGUUGUUCAUCCCCCAUGGUGGUAAAAUUUGCUGAUACGCAGAAGGACAAAGAACAGAAGAGAAUGGCCCAGCAGCUCCAGCAGCAGAUGCAGCAGAUCAGCGCAGCAUCUGUGUGGGGAAACCUUGCUGGUCUAAAUACUCUUGGACCCCAGUAUUUAGCACUUUAUUUGCAGCUCCUUCAGCAGACUGCCUCCUCUGGGAACCUCAACACCCUGAGCAGCCUCCACCCAAUGGGAGGGUUAAAUGCAAUGCAGUUACAGAAUUUGGCUGCACUAGCUGCUGCAGCUAGCGCUGCUCAGAACACACCAAGUGGUACCAAUGCUCUCACUACAUCCAGCAGUCCCCUCAGCGUACUCACCAGUUCAGCAGGGUCUUCACCGAGCUCCAGCAGCAGCAGCUCUGUCAACCCCAUUGCCUCCCUUGGAGCCUUGCAGACAUUAGCUGGAGCGACAGCAGGCCUCAAUGUCAGCUCUUUGGCAGGGAUGGCUGCUUUAAAUGGUGGCCUGGGCAGCAGUGGCCUUUCCAAUGGCACUGGGAGCACCAUGGAGGCCCUCACACAGGCGUACUCGGGGAUCCAACAGUAUGCUGCCGCGGCGCUCCCCACCCUGUACAACCAGAAUCUGUUGACACAGCAGAGUAUUGGUGCUGCUGGGAGCCAGAAGGAAGGUCCAGAGGGAGCCAACCUGUUCAUCUACCACCUGCCCCAGGAGUUUGGAGAUCAGGACCUGCUGCAGAUGUUUAUGCCCUUUGGGAAUGUCGUGUCUGCCAAGGUUUUUAUAGACAAGCAGACAAACCUGAGCAAGUGUUUUGGUUUUGUAAGUUACGACAAUCCUGUUUCGGCUCAAGCUGCCAUCCAGUCCAUGAACGGCUUUCAGAUUGGCAUGAAACGACUUAAAGUGCAGCUCAAACGUUCGAAGAAUGACAGCAAGCCCUACUGAGCGUGCUCCCCUCUGAGACUGGAGUGAGAGGGUCUUCUGGUAAGUUGGGGAGGAGCACCCUUAAUGAUUCGAAGCCCUGAGGCUGUGUGUUGACAGCCCUGGACCCUGAUCCCUGCCACUCUCGCAGGCACAGCUUGCCCUGAAGACUCAGCUACUGCCUUCUGUGGGAGUUUCGCUUCGUACAGAGGACAAGUUUGUGCUUUGGUUUCCAGUGUUUUACUUUGGAGUUUAGGUGCCAUAUCCUGAGUUUUUUUUCUUUAUUUAAAGUUUGCUGUGUUUGUAACCAGUGUGUGUUGAGAAGGACCAACAUCAAAUCGCCCUGGGGGAGGAGGGGGAAUGGAGAAACAUUAAAAAAGAUCAGAACUUGCCCCAGACUAUCCCAAGAGAGAGGACUGAGUGAAACCAAAAACUGACCCCCAGAAUCUCCCUGAGUGCGAGAGUGGUGGAGGAAACGAGAAGUAACAUCAAGAGCGGUAGAGGGUAGAGCAGGUGGGGUUGGCGGGUGGGGAGAGUGAGGGACUCGACACCCAACAGCCCUGGGAGCUGCAGGCUGAAACUCUUUCAUAGCUGCCUUCUGAGUUUUUGCCACCAAUUUUCAGAUUCUUGUCUAGGAUUUCUGCCCCGCUUUCCUGAGAAGGGGCCAACAAUUCUCUAGAAAUAAAACACUUGAUAAAUUAGCCUGACAUAUGCAGAAAGCAGGGAGACAUCACUCUUACCAACUUUGUCAGCCAACCAUUAGUAUUGGGUUGGCCCUGCCUGGCCGGUGGCUGUUAGAAAGAAGCAGCCAAUCAAAGAAGUCAUCCUCAGUUUAUUUUAACACCAAAUCAUUAGACCAUGGCCCAUGUCUAAGACGUCCUUCUAAAGAGGCUUCUAGGGAAACACUCUGGUUUUUCUUCCUUAUAGUUGACCAUAGCAAGGAACGCCACUUCCAUCCCAAGCCACAGUUUUCUCAUGAGAGCAGAACCAAGAAGGGCUUAUAGUACCUAGCUGAAGGGGCACCUCUCCAGGGCAGAGUGAUCAAAAGCCAUCGAGUUGGGGGAGGAGGAGCCUGCUUCUUGGUGUACCUACAUCAGAAGGUCCCUUCAGGCCAGAGUGCUUCAUUUGCCAGUGGCCAGCACUUGAAAGGAUUUAAGAAAUCCAUGCUAGCCUCCUUGGUUGAGGUGUCCCAGACAUAGUAUUCUCACCGAGGCAGGCCCCUCUUCUAUACCACUCUAGCCCCAUCUUCUGCUCUUGGGGACAGAAGAGACACAGGAUGUUUACAGCUUCCGUAUGGAUUUAGUGUUCAUUUACCUCAGUAUUACCGUGUUCAUAUUUGUCCUCGCGCUUACAGUUAGCUCCCUGCUGCUUCCCACAGGUCUCACUCCAGUUUUUGCCUGUGACCCACCCAGCCUCUGGGCUCUGCCUCUGCUCCAAGAAAUGCUGUAGGGGGGUGGAGAGCCAGGAAGGACAUGCUGUUGGGAAUGUGCACCUGGGCACAGGUAGCCCUGUUAGGUAUGACUCUAAGCCAAGGCCAGGACUAGGUCCCUGGGAUUUUAAAUUUCACAAACAUCAGUCCUGACCCCUAGCAGAAGAGAUGAGAUGACGGGGGUUGGUUUGCUAGUAAGUCGGAUGGGGGCUCUCUCGUCAUGCUAUCCAUUUGGGUCACAGACAAAGAUUGACCCAUCUUGCUGUUAUACAGGUAGUUGGUGGUGGUGGAUUAUCCCAUUGAAGCUGGGACAGCUGUUCCCUUCUCGUAGUGAUAACUUGGGUCUGUUGUCCUCUAAGAAACGUGAAACAUACUUCUUAAGCUGAACCACGUAAACUUGAAUUCUGCGCACUGGGUGAAAUGUGUCCUGUGUUUCAAGGAUAAAACUGUUCCAAAGGCUUCCAGGGUCAUGAUGGGAUUUUUUAAAUAAAUGCAAAAAAAUAAAAAUAAAAAUAAAGAAAAAAGAAAACAAAAAAAGAAAAAAAUGCUAGGUUGGGGAGGCGCUGUUCUGAAUCCCAACCAGCUGGAACCAA